UCGAAUCGAAACAAGGUUGCGUUCGUCGGAGUUAGUACCAGGAUUUUAAUUAAAAGUUUAUUUAUUUUAUAACAACAAUGUGUUUAUAGUGUGUAGUGAUUGUGUGCUCGUGAAACCAUGGGCUACGAUAUUGGGUGGCUAAUACCGCGACUCCGGAAUCCAGGUAGACUGUGGUAUUGUGCCAGCUCAAUCACAGUCGCAGUUGUUGGCCUCUUCAGCAAGAUUAUUGUAGAGUUCCUGAACAAGACAACAGUGUACAAUCGCGAAGCCCUGUCUCGCGCGGUGCACCGCCCCCGUGAGGUGCCGUUGCUUACUGUCUCCAAUCACCACUCAUGUUUUGAUGAUCCCGGACUCUGGGGUGUGCUGGACACAGGCACGCUUGUGAGGGGCUCGCGUAUGCGCUGGUCGUUGGCAGCACACGACAUUUGCUUCACGAAUGCAUUACACGCUGCAUUUUUCGCGCUAGGAAAAUGUGUACCCGUUGUACGCGGCGCUGGUGUGCACCAGCCUGCUAUGGACUUCUGUGUUGAGCGGCUCUGCAGUGGCGAUUGGGUGCAUAUUUUCCCAGAAGGCAGGGUUAAUGUUGAAAAAGAGCGUAUUCGUUUUAAAUGGGGUGUUGGUCGACUCAUAAGCGAGAGUGCCGCGCGUGGUCGUCCGCCUUUAGUUCUGCCCGUCUGGCAUGAAGGGAUGGAUCGUGUACUUCCCAAUACAGAGCCAUAUCGACUGCGUGCACGCAACCACGUCUACCUCUGCGUUGGUGAGCCCAUUGCUCUCCAUCCGCUGCUUGACAGACUUAAAAGCAUGAACGCGACCGAGGAAGAAACUCGGCGAGUAAUAACAGAACGAAUACAAGAGGAGUUGUGGCGUCUCCGUGACAAAGCGCAUGCGCUCGUCAGACGAGCCACGGGCCGCUUAUUGGAGGAGACAACCAUCAUUCCCAAUGGGAAACAACACAACACACCAACACCAGAACCCACGCCCAAGGAGUGUUUGGAAAAGGAGAAGGAACUGGGUCGACUUUAGUGAGCGCCCAAUCUGAAUAUGAGAAGUGAAUCAAUGCAGCGGCAGUAGAGAAGCGGCACCGAACGGUGAUUGGUAUUCGAUGUUCAUCUCCUUAAAAAUUUGCUGCGGAGGAGCAAUGUUGGCAAGGAAGACGCGGCCAAGUGAGGCAUCCAACGGCGUCGGCAGUCCGCCCACGACUGCGGCGCGAGUGGGCGUGUCCGCCCAACCACCAGCCGGGGGCUCCAACGCCAGCGCGGCGGCUCUCUGCGCGCGUGCCCACCCCAACACCUCUGAAUGCCCCGCGCGGCCAGCAUCCGCCAAAGGAUCGUAUAGCGCCAGUACCACCAGAUCGGCCACCGGGGCGCCAUCCAUGCCCCACGCGGCUGACCCUCCCGCUGCGGCGAACGCUGUCAGCUCCCGUUGGAGCAGCGCACACGACUCGGCGCCCUCACCACUUAAGGCGACAUGGGCGCGGACACCGUGCGAGAGCAAUAACCGCGCAGUCAACACGCCGGCUGCCCCACCGAGGUGGGUACCGGCCGCCACCACCACGACGGGAACUUGAUGGGCGUUCCUGGCCUCGAGACGUCUUCCACCACCACACAAACGCAACGCCAAGUCGGCCACUGCUCGCGCUACGAGCAGCAACGCGCUAUCGAGCAAUCGCAGACGGAGGAGACUCUCCCAAAGCAUUUGUCGGGCGCGCGGCGUGGCUGCAGGUAUAGUUCGACCGUCAUCCGUGGUGUAAUGAUGGGAAGCUUGAAGCGGCGCCGGCAAACGCAGAGUAGGUCGAGCGGCGGGCGGAGCUGGCAGCACGUUCUCGUCGUGUCUCAUGGCCGCGUCAGCAACUACGUCGGGACGGGCAGCGCCUCCCGCUCCUCCUCGGACUUCCCAACUCACCGCCUGUAACAACGUAAUUCGGGACGCACACAUUAAUAAAACUUAGUCCAUAAACAUUAAAUGGAUAGAUAGUUUGAGGAACUGGAAUAUUCAUUAUUUUUGCAGAUCAAUAUAAAAUUCAGUAUAUUGAUGUAAAACUGUAAUCUAUAUAAGAUCAAAAAUAGGAAAAAGAAAGAACCUGCUUGUCAAACAGUGCAAGGUUGCCCUCGAAGUCAAAGUCAUCUUCGAAGGCUGGGUCUGCUGCGUCCCCAAAACAUGCCUCAUUACGACGUCUAGCCCGUUCUGUGCCACCUCCCAUACUUCCCCCACUUCCACCCCCACCACGUGCCUUUGGAGUUGAACUCAAAUUAUAACUACCUGUACAUAUAGAUAUCCACAUAAGUUGUAUAAAAGAUUCAUAGCUUUAAUUCCAAGAUAAAUAUAUCUUACCAGCAUUUGUA